AAGCACUCUUGAUUUUUAUUUUUCUUCGUAGUCUCUAAUUAUUUAACAAACUCAAUUUAAAUUUACUAAAAACACAAUGAUAACUUGAUUUCGAUUCAGUAAAGUCAAGCCCAGCCCAGCAGUGUAGUCAGUCUACUUAUACUUUCAGAAUUAGCAAACAGUGUUAAUUGCAAAUAAUGAUUGUUUUAUUAUACGCGAUUUGAUAAUUUUUAUAAAGCAAGUAAAUUAAUUAAUCAAAAUGCCUGAACCUGUCGCGCAAGGACAAGAACAAAGUACCGAAAGGUCUACACGUACAAUGACUAUCAGUGAAUUACCUGGAAGACCGACUGGCAUUAUAUUGGAGUUUGCUUUAUUUUUGACGAUGAUGGGCCUUACACUUUCAUCAACUGCAAUAAGUAACAUAGUUCUGUACCGUACAUGUGUACACUCCUUACAUCAUAGUGUAGAGGAAUGUCGGCCAUUCUUGUCUCCUGAGAGGACAAAUGACACUAAGCAUUUGGAAGUUGAAGUGCAGAAAUAUGUAACAUACAUAACUACUGUGAAGACCAUAAUAGAAUCUCUGGGACCAGCAUUUUUGUCCCUGUUCCUGGGAGUGUGGUCUGAUACUCAUGGACGUAAACCUUUGAUAGUCUGGCCAUUAUUUGGUCUGACCUGGACGAGCAUGUCCAUCGUAGUGUUCGCUCUGUUGGAUAACCUGGGUCCCUGGUGGUACACCCUGACCGUCAUCCCGAUAUCUGUAACCGGAGGCUUCUCGGGGCUUUUCACUGGCGCCUUUUGUUACAUCAGUGAUGUGAGCACGUCCAGAAAUAGUUCGCUUAGAAUGACGUUAAUGGAAAUUGCCGUGUCUGCUGGCAGCGUGGUCGGGUCACUGGCCUGUUCCAAUUUGUUAAAGGCAGUAGGCAAUGUUUACAUGUUGCUGAUUGCCGCAUCCAUCUUCGUGAUAGCUUACUCAGUCACGAAUGUAUGGCUCCAAGAGUCGUUGGUAGGAGCUGUGCCGGGAUCCUUGUCAUCGGUGCUCGACAUUUUAUUAAUAAAGGAAAUGAUAACAGAAUGUUUCAAACGUCGUCCAAAUUAUUUAAGAGCUCAGAUAAUCAUAUUGACUGUUGCCAAUAGUUUGAAUGUAUUUUUAAUGUACGGUUUAAUGGGCUUAGAAUACAUGUACACCAGGCAGAAACUGCACUGGGCUUUGAAAGAUUUCAAUCAGUUUUCGGCCGCAGCCGUGCUGAUAUCCUUUGUCGGGUCUUUUGUUGGAGUGGCCGUUAUCCAGAAGUGGUGCAAAGUUGGUGACUUGGCAUUUUCGAUAAUAUCUUUCGCAUCGUCCGCUGGAGAGUACGCCGUAAAGACGCUUGCUGUUGCCUCAUGGCAUAUGUAUCUGGCAUCGGGGGUGUCGUUUUUCGGCAGUCUGUCUUCUCCGCUCAUCAGGUCCUUCCUGACGAAGAUCCUGCCGGUGGAAGACAUCGCUAAAGUAUUCGCGUUAAUGUGUGCCAUCGAAGGAAUCUUCCCAUUGAUAUCGCCUGCGCUGUACAAUUCACUGUACAACGUGACAAUAACGCCGUUCCCGGGGGCUAUUAUGUUGCUAUCAAGCUGUAUAAAUGCGGGUUGUGUAAUUUUGCUACUAGUCGUCGUGUACUUGAGAUGGAGAUCACCACCUGUUACAUACCAACCGGUGGAAUCAUUCAGAGAUGAUAAUGAAGAGUAACCAUCCCAAGAUUUUUAGCUUGGCAUUUUAAAAUAUUAAUAUAUUUAUAUUGAAUAUAAAAAUAAGAAAUAAGGGUACAAUAUAUAAGUAUGUAAUCAAGUAGGAUGAUUUACUUGUGAUCGUUAACUGAAGUUGCCUUAUAGUGAUAAGUAUGUAUAUCAAAUGAUAUAUAUGAUAUUUUUUAACAUAUACCUAGGUAUUAAAAUAACGAGGUAAGGAACCCUAAAAAUAGAUUUUCCUGAAGUAUUUUCCUUUAUAAAAUACAUACUCGCCUUUGCUUGCUCUGUGUCCAAUAUUAUACUUACUUAUCGACCAAAGCUUACGCCAAUCGUUCAUGCUCUAUAGUGGAUCUCGCCUGAAUGCUGUGAAGAAAUAUCAAAAUACUUACCUAUAACUGUGAUAGUUAUUAGUACUUAUAUUAUUAUGUACAAUUGUUUAGCGUAAGAUUAAGUGUAGAUAUAACUUUGCAUCAUAAUACACAACCAGUGCUAUAAAUUACAAAAAAUAUUUUAAAACGGUUUACUGUCCGUUUCUUUUUUAUAUGUCUACAUUAACUUUUUGGUCUAUAUUACGAUAUUGAAAUUUCUAAUUAAUUAAUAAAAUUAAAUUAAUAAAUUUUAAUAAAGUCGGUAUUUUUACA